AUGUCAAGCGACUGCCAAGCGUCCGAUGUCUCAACACUAGCAGCUCAGGUUGAGAAGCUGUCAAAUGCGCUAGUCAAACUUACUGGGGAGUCGGACGUACGCAAACUUCAUCACAAGUAUGGCUACUACCUUGACAAGUGUUUAUACAAGGAGGUCAGUCCUGAGGAUUUUACUGUGAAUUAUUUCAAACUGACGAGUAAUAUAACCCAGGUUUCUCAGCUUUUCGCUGACCAUCCCGAUACAUAUGUCCAAUUCUUGAACGGACGCUUCAACGGAAAGAAAGGCGUCGACCGCUUGUACAUCGAGAGAUUCGCGAAGAGAUUCGUCGGUGGUCGAAAUGGUCCAAUCGACGGAUGGCUCCUUGACCAUCUCAUGGCGCAAGAUAUAAUUGACUUUGAUCCAAAGGUCGGGAGGGCAAAGGCUCGGAUUCGCGCCCUCAUGAGUGCAGGUACUCACGAGUCCAUUUCAGCUGAUUUCCCGGGUGGAUAUCGCCAAUGGUGGGAAGGUGGAGUAUAUGAAAAUGAAUACAUUCUGCAGGAUGGUGUGUGGAAGAUUCUCAGACUUCGUUAUUAUCCUUUCUGGCAUGGAUCUUUUGAAUUGGGUUGGAAACAAGCAAAGAACUUCGUUCCCCUGUUCAAGGAACAGUUCCCGGCAGACCCACUUGGCCCCGAUGAGCUCCUUGAGGAUUUCUCGUUGUGGCCUGACACUCGUGUGGUUCCAUUCCAUUAUAGGCACCCUGUCACGGAACAAGAAGUAGCCGAAGAGGAUAUGCAAGCACCAAAAUGGCUCGAGGGAGCCAGCAGUGCCCCACCUGCGCGAACUAUUACUGACUGGGGAGGGUCGAAAGACGAAAUUCCUGGUCCCUGUGACUACUGUCGCAGUAUUAAUGCCGAGUGCCGUAUUGACCCGGACAAGCGACGCCAGAGACCCUAUUAUUUUGUAUCCGAAGAAGAGUUCAGGAAUAUGCAGAUCAUUCUCAAGCACUACGUACCCGAUACCGAACUGACUCCGGACAACCUUCGAUCCCUGGCUCGGAGUUGCCAAACAGCCAAGGGAACAUUUGCCGACCAGCCAAACGCGACUAACGCAUUAUCGCCUGCAAUGACCGCCAUUCUUAAUGAAGAAGGGGAAACGGAGCUGCAGGACGGGUGCUUUGAUAGUAUCAUUGCUACGCCGAGCAGCGAGGAGGAGGCAGAAGACCAUCUACUGCAACAGGUGCUCUCGCUAUACCACAAAUUAGGAUGUCUUCUUGAAGAUUCUCAGGGAGAAUACCGCUAUAUGGGGGCUGAAUCAGGUCUACCGUUUAACACGGCCAUUCGUUGCUUCAAGAGAAACGGUCUUCAAACACCGUUGAGCCCUGAUGUAAUUCCUGCAAUGGUGACGGUGACAAUGCCGCUACCGAUAUCACGCCCACUGGUAAAGCCCAUGGUCCUUCCACCAUGGGAGACUUGUCUGAAACUUGUCACAAAAUACUUUGAAGACGUCCACUGUCUCUACUGGCUCUAUUCGUCGGAAAGGUUUCACGCUCAACUAGAGGAGACAUAUCAUGUCUCGCAAGAGAUGCUAACCGCCUCAUGGCGAUGCUCUCUUUGCUCCAUUCUGGCAAUCGCAAAAUUCGGAUUGGCCAGUCCCGAGGAUAGCGUAACUGCAAAGGACUAUCUUAAGAAUGCGAAAUCUUUUGUGCCUGAGGCUUGCGAUGAAGGUAGUCUUGAGAGCGUUCGAUCGAUGGUUCUAUUGGCAACAGCUAUGCAAUCUCAGGGCUUCUCGAACCCUGCAUAUAUCUACAGCAGUAUCGCUAUUCAGAUCGCAUGCUCACUUGGGAUACACUGCGAUAAAUAUUCCUCCACGCAUGGUAACGUCGAGAGAGAACACUCUCGACGAGUUUGGUGGUCCCUCGUAGUAUUCGAUCAAGACUUAUCACUAAGAAUCGGCAAGCCAUCUGCAACAGAAUCCGCUUGGCAGUCUCCUCCUCUGCCAUCCGAAACCGACUGGCUCGGCUCACUUCCCUUGCAUCUGAACAUCUCGACUCCAAACGCACUCCUCCUCCAGCGGGCGAUCUCGGUCCUCCAUCUAAGAUAUCAUAGCAUGCGGCUUCUAGUCGGCAGACCGUUCCUACUAUACAAGCUCUUGUGCUGGAAGAAGCAACGAGAGACUGAUUUUCACCUAUCUGUGAGCCAUUUCACAGAUAUCUGCACCGACUCUGCGGAGAAAAUGCUGGAGAUUAUGCAUAUAAUGGUCGCCAAUGACCUUCAAUCCAGCAUAAUUGCGCUGGACUUUUAUUACGCGUUGGAUAUCUUACAGAUUUUCAUCUGCGUUUUCGCGCUCACAAAAUCUCAGCAGCAAUUUGAUAAUAUAUGCAAAUGUUUGAAGAUCCUCCAAUCCCUCUCUACCACGGGUUUUGGGGAGACAAUGAUCUCUGAGGUGCUAUUUGAGCUUACCGAGUGGGGUUUAUUCCCAGAUUGUGCUGAUCCUUUGGACUCCCUGCAAGACUUCGAUGCGUCUUUGCUAACCGCUGAGGCUGUCAAUGGUUUUCAUGAUCGCAUCUUCGGGGAUUGCAAUAAUGUGGACCUUGAUCACACUUGGAGUACUAUUUUCUCUCACCUUGAUUUUGCUGAGCCGAUGACUGGUACUACUCUCAUGCAGGAAUAUCCCCACUAA